AUGGUAGCAUUCAAAGGUAAACAUGGUCCUCGUGUGUGCAUGCCAAAUAAACCAACCAAAUGGGGCUACAAGUUAUGGGCACGGGCUUCAACAAAUGGAUUUAUGCAUGACUUUGAGGUCUAUGAAGGGGAAUCAGAAGAAACCGUUGAUCGUUCAGAUGUUGGUGUAAGCGGUGAGGUUGUAUUGAGACUUGCACCAAGCUUAUCUUCUGGUAAAAACCAUAAGCUUUUUGCAGACAGAUAUUUCACUUCACUUACCUUAGUUGAAAAGCUUCGGGAGAGAGGGAUUCAAUUCACUGGGACCAUUCGUAACAACCGAUUGAAAGGAUGUCCACAAGUCUCUGAAAAAGACCUAAAAUCAAAAGGCCGAGGAUCAUAUGAUAUGAAAGUUGACUUAAACAAGAAAAUUGUUGUUCUAAGAUGGCUGGACAAAAAAGCUGUGACACUGGUUUCAAGUUAUUGUGGCGCACAGCCAAUGGGAGUGGCCAAGAGAUGGAGCAAAACAGAAAAGAAGUUUGUUGGCAUUCCAAAACCCGAAAUAGUUAAUGAGUAUAACAAAUUCAUGGGAGGGAUUGAUCUUAUGGACAUGCUUUGCUCUCUCUAUCGAUAUUCGAUCAGGUCCCGAAGAUGGUAUUUGUACAUCUGGUACCACACCUUGAAAGUUGCCUUGGUCAACUCAUGGCUUGUUUAUCGCAAGCAUCAGCAAAAUGGUAAAUUCAUGAAGCUUAGCAAAUUCCAAUCCUUGGUCGCAGAAGGUUUGUUAAAGGCUGGGAAAAGCAGGAAAAGAGGUCGUCCAUCAUACACCACAUCUCCCCCAUUUAGAAAGCGACCAACCGCAGUGCCGGUAGAUGAUGUUAGAUACGAUUGUGUCGACCACAUGCCAGAAUGGGACAAUGAAAACCGGCAACGCUGCAAGCUUUGUAAAAAUAAUCGCUCGUAUAUUAUGCGUAAAAAGUGCAAAGUUUACAUGUGUUUCAACAAGGAGAGAAACUGUUAUCUGGAAUAUCAUACCAGGCGAUAA